AUGAAGUACUCGAUGAUCCUGGGCGCUGCCCUGUGCGCCCUUGGUGCUAUGGCCGAGGUUGAGCCCGCCUACGUGACCGAAUGGACUACUACCACCGUGACCGAUUGGACUAUAGUCACCGUCACCGAGACUGUCACCGUGCCUGCUACUCCAACCGUCGAGUCCACGGCCACCGUUGAGCCCGCCCCUACCUCGAUUUCGACCUCGGUCCCCGCUGCCACUUCCUCUGCUGCCCCUGAGACUCAGGUCAAGGUCCAGAAUACCGCUCCUGCAGCCGCCGUUGAGACCCAAGCUGCUGUUGAGAAGGUGCCUGUUGAGACCUCGACCUCAACAAGCACCGUCGAGUCUACCAGCACCGUGGUUGCCGAGCAGCCUGAAGCCACUUCUUGGUCCACUUCCUGGUCCACCGCUUGGUCCACCACCCAGGCUCCCACUACCACUGAGACUGCCGUCGAGUCUACCGCUACCGCGUCGUCUACCGAGACUGCUGCCAACUCCUACCAGUCCAACGUCCUCUACAGCCACAACGUUCACCGUGCCAACCACUCCUCCCCCGAUGUUGCCUGGUCUUCCACCCUCGAGGCGAGUGCCCAGGUUCUCGCCGCUCGUUGCGUCUACGAGCACGACACGAGCAUUAACGGCGGCGGCUACGGUCAGAACAUCGGUUACGGUACCUCGUCUGAUGAGGUUGCUGUCAUGAUCUCCAACCUGAUGUACAACGAUGAAAUGGGCUACUACGAGAACCUCUACGGAGAGGCCACUCCUGAUAUGACCUUGUUCGAAAAAUGGGGCCACUUCUCUCAGAUCGUCUGGAAGGGAACUACCGAGGUCGGAUGCGCUACUGUCAGCUGUCCCAGCCUGGGCAAUGUCGAUUCCGCCACGGCCGUCCCCUUCACUGUCUGCAACUACAGCCCUGCUGGAAACUAUGACGGUGAAUACGCCGACAACGUUCUGAAGCCUCUCGGCCACGCCAUGUGGUCUGCGUCAUAG